AUGCCCAAGAGGAAGGUCAGCUCUGCGGAGGGGGUUGCCAAGGAGGAGCCCAAGAAGAGGUCCACCAGGUUGUCAGCCAAACCUGCCCCUGCAAAAGUGGAAACGAAGCCCAAAAAGGCAGCAGGAAAGGAUAAAUCUGCAGACAAAAAAGUGCAAACAAAAGGGAAAAGGGGAGCAAAGGGAAAGCAGGCUGAAGUGGCUGACCAGGAACCUAAAGAUCUACCUGCGGAAAACGCAGAAACUAGAAACAAGGAGAGUUCAACCUUAGAUGAAGCAGGAGAAAAAGAAGCCAAGUCUGAUUAA